UACGGAUUUGCACUCAGGGCCACCCGAGGUCCUUGUCGGUGGCGUGUAGCUCUGCCCCCUCCCCUCGCACGAGACACGGUUAUCAUCCGGGACCGGUGUGGGGGGGGGGACGCUGUGUGGGGAACGAAGGGGGGGCGGGAGCCUGUCGGGAGGACAUUUCUCCGGUUGGCGCUCGAGGCUGGGCGUGGAGAGGCAGGCAGUGCUUUUAGGGGGGUGUGUGGGUGGGUGGGACCGGUCGCUUGGGUCUCCGAGACGGAAGACCCCCCCCCACGGUCCCCCCCCACCGCACACCUCCACGGGCUGAGCGGACACUAAGAUGGCCGCCGUUGCCAUGACACCCAACCCCGUGCAGACCCUUCAGGAGGAGGCGGUGUGUGCCAUCUGCCUGGAUUACUUCACGGACCCCGUGUCCAUCGGCUGCGGGCACAACUUCUGCCGGGUGUGUGUGACCCAGCUGUGGGGCGGGGAGGACGAGGAGGACCGCGACGAGCUGGAGCGGGAGGACGAGGACGAGGAGGAGGAGGAGGAGGAGGAGGUGGGCGACGAGGAAGAGGUGGAAGCCGUGGGCGACGGCGGCGGCGGAGGCGGCGGCGGCGGCGGCGGUUGGGACACCCCGAUGCGGGACGAAGAUUACGAGGGCAACAUGGAGGAGGAGGAGGCCGAGGAGGAAGAGGAGGGUGUGUUCUGGUCCAGCGGCUUAGGUGGGUCCAACUGGGGCACCAUGGACUACGUGUGGGAAGAGGAAGACGAGGAGGAGGACCUGGACUACUACCUGGGCGACGUGGAGGACCUGCGGGGGGACGAGGAGGAGGACGUGGAGGAAGUGCUGGAGGAGGACGAGGAGGAAGAGGAGUUGGACCCGGUCACCCGGCUGCCCACGCCGCCCGUGCCCCGGAGGUGUUUCACCUGUCCCCAGUGCCGCAAAAGUUUCCCGCGGCGGAGCUUCCGUCCCAACCUGCAGUUGGCCAACAUGGUGCAGGUGAUCCGGCAGAUGCACCCGACCCCAGGUCGGGGCAUCCGGGUGAGCGAGCAGGGCAUCUGCCCCCGGCACCAAGAAGCCUUGAAACUGUUCUGCGAGGUGGAUGAAGAAGCCAUCUGUGUGGUGUGCAGAGAAUCCAGGAGCCACAAGCAGCACAGCGUGGUGCCCUUGGAGGAGGUGGUGCAGGAGUACAAGGCCAAACUGCAAGGGCAUGUGGAACCACUUAGGAAGCACUUGGAGGCUGUGCAGAAGAUGAAGGCUAAGGAGGAGAGACGGGUGACAGAGCUGAAGAGCCAGAUGAAGUCAGAACUGGCAGCUGUGGCCUCAGAAUUUGGGCGAUUAACACGAUUUCUGGCUGAGGAACAGGCAGGGUUGGAGCGGCGCCUGCGAGAAAUGCACGAAGCUCAGCUGGGGCGUGCAGGAGCAGCAGCCAGCCGCCUUGAGGAACAGGCUGCCCAGUUGAGCCGCCUGCUGGCUGAGGCUCAAGAACGGAGCCAGCAGGGGGGCCUGCGGUUACUGCAGGACAUCAAGGAGACCUUCAACAGGUGUGAAGAGAUACAGCUGCAACCCCCAGAGAUUUGGUCUCCUGACCCGUGCCAACCCCAUAGCCACGACUUCUUGACAGAUGCUAUUGUGAGGAAAAUGAGCCGAAUGUUCUGUCAGGCUGCAAGAGUGGACUUGACACUGGACCCUGACACAGCUCACCCAGCCCUCAUGCUGUCCCCUGACCGCCGGGGAGUUCGCCUGGCAGAACGUCGUCAGGAGGUUGCUGACCAUUCCAAGCGUUUCCCAGCUGACUGCUGCGUGCUGGGGGCCCAGGGCUUCCGCUCUGGCCGGCACUACUGGGAGGUAGAGGUGGGUGGGCGGCGAGGCUGGGCAGUGGGUGCUGCUCGUGAAUCAACCCAUCAUAAAGAAAAAGUGGGCUCUGGGGGGUCCUCUAUUAGCAGUGGGGAUGCCAGCUCCUCACGUCAUCACCAUCGUCGCCGCCGGCUCCACCUGCCUCAGCAGCUCCUGCUCCAGCGAGAAGUGUGGUGUGUGGGUACCCAUGGCAAACGCUACCAGGCACAGAGCUCAACGGAGCAGACACUGCUAGGCCCUUGUGAGAAACCACGGCGCUUUGGCGUGUACCUGGACUAUGAGGCUGGGCGCCUGGGUUUCUACAAUGCGGAGACUCUAGCCCAUGUGCACACCUUCUCAGCUGCCUUCCUGGGCGAGCGUGUCUUCCCUUUCUUCCGGGUGCUCUCCAAGGGCACCCGCAUCAAGCUCUGCCCUUGAUCAGCCUGCCACCCGCAGGGGCCCCUCUGGUCAUCACUAGGGGGGCGGGUGGUGGUGGAUGGUGGCCCAGUCUGGGAGCUCAGGCUCCUCCUACUGUUUGUUAUUGAGUUGCUUCCUGCUUCCCUUUGAACCCAGGCCCCUGCUUCUUCCUCUAGGAGCCUAGAGAAUCCUCCUGGCCUCCAGCUCUGCCUUCUCACCUACUGUGUCUAUCAGGUCUGCAUGGGUCCCUGAUAUGAGAACAGCUUCCCUCCCCAUCAGCCUAGCCCAGGAUCCAUAGUUUAAGGGAUGAGGGGAGAUUGCAAUUUCAUUCCUUAACUUCCUGUUUUCCAACCCUACUCUUUAACCUUUGUCAUUUCUGAGGCUGGAGGGUUUGGGCUAGAUUUACAUCCCAUUCCGUUUUCUGGUGCAAAUUGUAGCUAAGGGAUUUGAAAGCUGUUGUGAGGAGCAUUCUGGGCAAAAGGGUAGAGCUGGAUUAAAAUUUGCAUACUCCUGGGGAAGUAGGAACUCUUUUUUGAGUUUUCCUUCUAUCCCCCAAUUUCUACCUCCAUAGACUGGCCAGGACUUAGCUUCAGUGAGAUCUGGGAUGGUCAACAAGAUUGAAACUACAUGCCAUUAUAUCACCCAAUAAAUUAUUUUUCCCCUUUUUUUCUAGCACUCUUUAUCUAGGAGCCAAGCUCCUCCCACCUAACCCCUUUACAGGUUUCUCCACAGGCUCCUCUCCUUUGUUCCGUGGAAUUAAUUUUAUCAUUUUCUGGCCUCUUCCCCAUGCUUUAGUUCCAUUUGGUCAGCCCUAAUGGGGAGCCUGGAAACAGGGACCUGGCUCCUUGGGAGAGCCUCGGGUAUAAUAUAUUUUUCUAGUAGCCCUUUGCCUUCUGUCACCUAACAGCUUUUGUCCUCUGCUUUGGUGGCUGAGGUCAAUUCAUGUUCUUGGGGAAAAGGUGGGUUGUGUUGCCUAAUAAAAUGUUUACUUGC